GGCAGGUCUGACUCACCAGAAGCUAUGCCGCUGCUAUAAACAACCUCUGCGUCCCAAAUUAAAUAACCGCAGAGUACGCCCGCGAGCUCUGGACAUGCGUGUGCUUUAGGGGAGAAACUUAAUGUCAACAGCAUGGGACAUCAGGUGAUAAUAUUUGACUUUUCUCUCAUAAGAGGACUGUGGGAAACUCGUGUUAAGAAGAACAAAGAACGUCAAAGGAAGGAGAAAGAAAGAUUAGAAAAGAGCUCGUUAGAGCGGAUAAAGCAGGAAUGGAACUUCAUACUAGAGUGUCGGAAGAAAGGCAUCCCACAAUCAAAAUACCUCAAAAAUGGCUUUGUAGACACUGAUGAGAAAAUCUUGGAAAAGUAUGGAAAGACUCCUCAGCUCCCUAAGAGGCGAGCUUUGGCAGAUGAAACAGAGAAGGAAAGAAGCAAGUUUAUUUUUCAGCUUGCUGGAGAGAAGUGGACAGAAUUCCCAGAUUCUCUGAAAGAACAGACACAUCUGAAAGAAUGGCAUGUGAACAAUACACUGAUUCAAACCAUUCCAGCCUACAUUGCCUUGUUUCAGGAUCUGAGAGUAUUGGAGCUGUCAAAAAAUCAAAUCACCCAUCUCCCAGUGGAAAUUGGCUGCUUAAAAAACCUCAAAGUGCUCAAUGUGAGUUUUAAUAAUUUGAAGUCAGUCCCUCCAGAACUGGGUGAAUGUGAGAAUCUGGAAAAACUGGAUUUGUCUGGAAAUCUGGAAAUAACAGAGCUCCCAUUUGAACUAAGUAACCUGAAACAAGUCACAGUUGUGGAUGUGUCGGCAAACAAGUUCCCUUCUAUUCCAAUUUGUGUACUUCGAAUGCCUAAUUUGCAAUGGUUGGAUAUUAGCAGCAACAACCUGAAAGAUCUCCCACAAGACAUAGACAGGUUAGAUCAACUGGAGACACUUCUCCUACAGAAAAACAAGUUGACUUAUCUUCCCCGAGCUCUGGUCAAUAUGCCAAAACUCAGUUUGCUAGUUGUCAGUGGUGAUGACUUGGUUGAGAUACCUACAGCUGUCUGUGAGUCAACCACUGGUUUAAAAUUCGUAAGUCUCAAAGAUAGCCCGGUUGAAACUAUUGUUUGUGAAGACACUCAAGAAAUCAUAGAAAGUGAACGUGAACGGGAGCAAUUUGAGAAAGAAUUUAUGAAAGCCUAUAUCAAAGACCUAAAAGAAAGAGAUUCUGCUCCAUCUUACACUAUGAAAGUGUUACUCAGUCUUCAGCUCUGAAGAUCCAAAAUCUCUAAAUCACUAGUGGAUAUCAGAAUGAUUCUGUUUUUAUCUACUUCAAUAGAAAACACUGAAGCCAUAGACUGAUGAAAGCACUUCAAAAUAAUCAUGGAAUUUUUCUUUUUUUGUUAUAAUUUCUCCUAGUAACUACAGACAGAGUAAAGAGUAUUAGAGCCUUCAUAGGAUGCUAUUUCACUUUUUAAAUUAGCAUAUUUAUUUUCAAGUCUACAGAACAGGCACGAGUUAUAUGUAGUCCUGUUAAAAGUGAAUAUUCAUAGUAAUAAAAUGUAUAGGUGCAUAGUUGCCUGCAUGAUCAAGACACAAUAUGUGGUAGCUGAAAUGUUGGACAUGAAUAAUUUUUAAAAAAAAUUGAUUUUUUUAAGAAGGGAAGAUUUAAUUUAGAAAAUGCAUGUGAUUUCUUCUUAGGACUAAGUUAUCAUUUCUUUGCAGUAUUUCAAAGGUAAACAGGUAUACAGUUGUUUGUGUUUACUUUCUGUUCUUCAAGCAUGCUGUCUUCCUUGUGAUUUUCAGUUUAGAUAAUUUUCAAUAACUUUCUAUGUAGAACCUGUGGAAAUUCUUCUGCUUUUUUUUUUUUUUUUUUUUUUUCCUAAGCAUAUUUUCAAGAGCAGUGCAUCCCUAUGAGUAAGACGUGCAGCAAAAAGGGCAGGAGAGCUGCAUGGGUGAGCAAGGAGCUCUUGGCCAAAUUCAGACAGAAGAAGAAAGUACACAGAAUGUGGAAGAGGGGACAGGCUACUUGGGAGGAUUACAGGAAUGCAGUCAGAGCAUGUAGAGAUGCUGCGAGGAAGGCUAAGGCCCAGUUGGAAUUGAGUCUUGCAAGGGAUGUCAAGAACAGGAAGGGCUUCUUCAGCAGCGAGAGGAGGACUAGGGGAAAUGUGGGCCCACUGCUGAAUGGGGUGGGGGCCCUGGUGACAAGGGAUACAGAGAAGGCAGAAAUACUGAAGGCCUUCUUUGCUUCAGUCUUCACUGCUGAGGGCAGCCCUCAUGAAUCCUGCAGCCUGGAGACAAGGGAGAAAGUCUUUGGAAGGGAAGACUUUCCUUUGGCUGAGGAGGAAAAGAUUAGAGACCUUCUGGGCAGGCUACAUGUCCACAAAUCCAUGGGCCUGGAUGGGAUGCACCCACAGGUCCUGAGGGAGCUGGCGGAUGUUAUUGCUAAGCUGCUCUCCAUCAUCUUUGAAAGGUCCUGGAGAACUGGAGAGGUGCGUGAGGACUGGAAGAAAGCCAAUGUCACUGCAGUCUUCAGGAAGGAGGACCUAGGCAACUAUAGACCAGUCAGCCUCAUAUCCAUCCCUGGAAAGACUUUAACUAUCCUGAUACCUGCUGGAGGAACAAUACAGCAAGGCACAACUGAUCCAUGAGGUUUCUGAAGAGUGUUGAUGACACAGCUGGUGAAGUGGGCUCCUCAGUGGAAGAGACAUGGAGCUACUAGAGAGAGUCCAGCAUAGGGUUAUGAAGAUGAUAAGGUGACCAGAGAUCUCUCCUGUGAGGAAAGGCUGGAAGAGCUGGGCCUCUUUAGCCUGGAGAAGAGAGAAGACUGAGGGGGGAACCUUAUCCAUGUGGAAUAGUAUCUGAAAAGGGGGUGUCAAGAGGAUGAGGCCAGACUCUUUUCAGUGGUGCCCAGCGACAGGACAAGACGCAACGGGAACCAGUUGAAACAGAGGAGCUUCUGUCUGAAUGUGAGGAAAAGCUUCUUUACUGUGUGAGUGACAGAGCACAGGUUGCCCAGAGAGGUUGUGUGGAGUCUCCUCUGGAGAUACUCAAGACCUGCCUGGAUGCAAUUCUGUGUUACAUGCUCUAGGCAACCCUGCUUGAGCAGGGGCAUUAGACUAGAAUCUCCAGAGGUCCCUUCCAACCUCAACCAUUCUGUGAUUCUGUGAUAAUACUCCCUCUUGUAAACAGAUACACUCCAUUUUAAAAUUGCAGGAGCUUUUUGCUCUUUCCCCUAGUGCACUUAUUAUCAGUGUUUUCAAGUGCUGUUGUCAAAUCUUGCUAUUCUGAUAAUUAAAAGCUUCCUUCUUCCUCCUUAUCUUGGCUAGUGAAUGUUUAUUCAUGCACCAGUGUUAGCCUUUCAUUCUCUUUCCAUAUGCUGAGCCACCUCUCUGUUUUGCUACUUCCUUUCUUCCUCUUCUUUUUGGUUGCCUACAAAAUAAUACAACUAAGCUCUUUUCUUUGCUUCGUGCUGAAUAUUUUUUAUUUUUGCUUUAAGUUCAAAGACUGAAGACGUUUGGUUUUUUUUAACCACUGCUAGAGUCUUCUGUGUCUCUUCUCUCUUAGUUGCCAGCUGAGUUAGUAAUCAAGUAUGGAUGACCCAUUCUUGCUAAUUGAAUAAAUAAAGGGACCCAUCAUGAUUAGCGGUUGCCAGGAAGAGAUAUUCUAAAGGUGCUAAUGAUCUUGCUUUAACUAGCAAUAAAAAUGCUCAAGUGAGAAAAAACCUGAGGGAUCUUAAAUCUCUAUGCUUUUGCAGAAGGAAAACUCCUACCGUUUCAGGUGGUGCUGAAACAGUCCAUACAACUUUGUAGGAGUCCUAAAGCCAGCUCUAACAAGAACACAUGGAGCUGCAUUCUGUACUGAUGUCACUGCCUCUGAUGCUGGAGCUAUCAGUAUUGUACUAUGAUAUUCAAUACUCUGCCUUGUCUUCAUUUGGAUUUGAGCUAGUAUUUAUUUUCUAAAACAUAAGAAACUCUCCUAGUUACAAGCUUGAGAAUUCAUACCUACAGUUAUACUCCUGUCAGCCAAUGUGCAGUAGGUGCCAAAGGUAGUUCGAAUGGUAUUACCCAGCAAAAAUUGUCCUUUUCUAGUGUUCAUUUUUCAUAUAGACAGACUUAAAAUUUGACACUGUCUCCAGAGAUUAUUUUAACGGCUUUAAGUGCUUUUAAUUAUAUGCUUUUAAUCUUUUAUUUUUAUGUUGUAGGUUUUUAAUUCAAUUUAUAACACACCUAUUUUGAAUAGCAUGUGAGCAUGGAGGCAUUCAAAUACCUCAGCUGUAUUUAAAACAUCAGCCAGGAAGUGGCAGUGAACUCAGGAAGCAACUUGCCCUUUUCAUCUUAAAGCUUAGAUUUAAUCUCCCUUUAUUAGGAUUAGCUGACAGCACUUUCACUGUUUCUGUAGUUCUGCCAGGCUUUGGAUUGCUACAAAUUUUGGAGCUGUGUAAGUUACUCUGUUUGGCAACCUGUUACUAUCAAUGAGAUUUUGUACUAAGAUAUGCAAAAUCAGCUGCAAUCUCAAAAGCAAAAGGAGAAGAAAUUUUAAAACUUUUGAUUAGUAUAGUAGCUAAGUCACGUUAUCUUGGCAUUCUUGAAAGAUGGAUAGGCAAACUGCAGGGUUCCUCUCUCACUAGAUGCAAGUCUUAGGACUAAGAAGAGGGCGGAUUUUAAGAGGGUGGAUUUUUUUGGUUCUGUUUCUGCUUUUUCAGUUUGAAAACUUAUUUCAGUGAAAAGAAAAACAGUCUUAUAACUGCUUUCAGAUGAAUGUAAAUGCAGAUUUUAGCAUUUUUGCUAAAUUUAUUAUAGCAACUUUCUAGAUUGUAGAAUUAAUUGAUAUGAUUUAAAUGAGUUUCAGCAUCGGAAAAUGGUAGUAUGAGGUCAGUGGGAAAAGAAGAUACUAUGACAAAAUGGAGUAACAGGAUUAAAUAUCUUUCCUGUAUUUAAAUGCAUCCUUCUAGUCAAAAAUGGCUGGUUUUGUUUUAAAAAAAUCCAUUCAAAAUCAGUAGUGAUACAAUACCUACCUUAUAUGGUGUGUGUAUACAUUCUCUGUUUUAAUAUGGCACUUUCUAUGAUCCCUUUGCUUUAAAUUGGCUGUAUGUUCUCAGCAUACCUUACAAGUCUAUGUUGUUCAAGUGGAUUUGAAUUAGUUUGUGCAUGUUUCUUCUGUCUCUAGAAGCAGUAGAAGAAAAAGGACCACAAGGAAGCAAAUCUCCAUAGCAGAUUUGUUUUUAACUCUGUCCAUUUUUCUGUUUCUCCAGACUUGUAAUUCUUACUGGUCUGUAUAUUCUUUAUGUUUAAUUAUCUGAUUGUUCAGCAAGUAUGAUUAAAUAAAGUUAUUUUUCUACUGAUGUAGGAGCAAGUUUACUAGUUAUUCUGUAUCAUAACCAAUAGUUUGUAAUUGUGAAAUGUUUGUUUCAUAUAUUGACAAAUAAGAACAUUCAUAUAUUUCAGUGGAAUUGUUUAAUGACUGUAGGUUUUGUAAUGCUUGUAUGCUUUUAAUAGCUAGAAAAGAGUGUAUUUGAGGAGACACAACACAGAGCAGAAGGACUUUCAAAAAUACUUAUUGCAACCCAGCAGGUAGAAACAGUCUUUUCAAGUCUGUAUAUAAAUAAAACUAAUAUGAUACUACAUUGUUAUUUGUCAUGAUAAUUUAAAUUCAGUGCCAGAUUCCUGUAGACAUUAGGGCUGCACACACAGACAUCACCCUGUGACUUUUUUAGGUUUGUGCAGCAGCUAGAUGAAUUUCAAUAUGAAUGGACUGCACAGGCCUCUUCACUGUUUAAUCAGUUAAGGAAUCACAGCAGAAAAGGAAAAAGUGCUCUAGAGCACUAAAGCAAUAAAGACUCUUCUCUCAAGCUGAGAAUCCCUGUAUGAUCUGUGAUAUAAUGUGUUAGUUGAAAAAAAAAAAAGUGAAAACCUAUGUUGUUUCACUCCGGGAGGUAUUUCCCUCUUCCCUUCUCCCUACCCCAAUGGGCAAAUACAAUGUAUUUUUAUAAAUACUGCUCUUGUCUUGAGUCUAGCAUACUUUUAAAAUUUUUAUUAAAUGGUUUAAAAUGUGGCUGUGAAAUCUGUUGUGUUUACAUGACUUUUUCCAUUUUCCUGCUUGAGACCAUCAACUCCAGCAUGAAUAGCAGAAGAAAUAAGGAAACUGUAUUUUGCAGGAAACUAAAUCAUAUAGAAAGCAGGAUAUCUGAACUGGAAAAUCUUAAUGAGGAUCCUGCUGAAAGAGAAGACAAAUCUGAAUGUCAACUUUCAUGGUCUGAAGAGAUAUAUGGAAGAUUGUACACUCUCUCAGAAAUCAGUUGGAAGUUAGCUAAUACUGUACUAUGAAGCCUAGACUGUGGAGCCUUUUAGACUCUUAAAUAAAGGGACAAGUUGAGCAGA